AUGCCCUUGUCCAUGAACCUCCUGAAGUGCCUAUGGAUUUCGGUCCCUAUUGACCAUGGGCAUGCGAGUUCUUUCCUUCGGAACAACGCCGCCCUCUUGUGCAAGAGCCAACCCAACCAACAAAGCUCCACCCCACGAUUAAUUCGCGACGCCUUGGAGCUUCGACGUAAUUGCACACUCAAGAUUGCAUCGCUUGUCUCGUCGCUGCAACGCUCGUUUACGUCCAAACCCGCAUGGGAUACCAUCCAGGACUUCAAUCUAACUCUCGCGGAGGGAAAAGAGUCCAACAUGCUUCCAUCGCUCCGUUUCCAACGCCUGGUACCCAUCGCCGUCCUUGUCCUGGUCUGCUUUUUCCUCCUGAGCUCACAGCUUCAGGAAACGCCGGACUCUGAUUUCGACGCUGUCGAAGGCGCCAUCAACCGACCCGAGGGCGCAUCUAACGCAGAUUCACAAGCCCAAACUCCAGCGCCACCAUCAACGCCGACGACCCCCGAGACAAACAGCGACGACGUGGCGGAUAAGCCAGCCCCCUCUCAAUGCGCGUCCGAGAUUGAGCGGCUCCGUGCCUUCGGCCUGUCAAGCCAAUUCAUUUACCACAGGCGCUGCAUCCAGCCCAAGCACACAUCCGACGCCCCGAGGGACGUCGUCACAAAAAUACAGAAGCCACUUAUUCAGAAGGGUGCUCACAUCAACCUUGACACCUGCACACACGACGAUCUCCCGCCAUGCUCUCCCCUAACGUUGGAGGUGCCGUCCAAACACCCGGCAAAGAAAUACCCACACCUGCUCUUUGGUAUCUCUACCAUGUACAAACGGCUGGAAGAAAGCCUGCCGGCAUUUGAGACAUGGCUUGGCGGCUCCGAAUCGCCCAUGGUGGCCGUCGUGGUGGAUGCGGAGCCCGAGAAUGAAGCGCCCAAGGAUUUCGAGGCCGUAGAGGCCAUGUAUCGCAGGGCAGGCAUCAAGCUGACCUGUGUGAAGCCGCGUAACUCGACUCUCAGCGUGGACCAGAACCACUUUACAGUGAUCGAGGACCUUUUCGAGGCCGCCACACCGGAGAUCAAGUGGAUAGGGCUAUUAGAUGACGAUACCUUUUUUCCUAGUCUAUAUAAUCUUGACAAGGAACUUGCCAAAUAUGACUACAAGAAGUCCGUAUGGCUCGGGGCACUCUCGGAGGACUUGGAGGCGAUCCGCAACUGGGGCGUGAUGGCAUUUGGAGGGGCAGGUGUCUUCCUCAGCGUACCUUUAGCCAAGGAGCUAACGCCACGGAUACCUGAUUGCAUCAAUAACGCGCGCCGCGAAACGGGAGAUGCCAUUUUGCGCGACUGCAUCUUUGACGAAACGCAUACCAAGCUCACCACUGUCACGGGACUGUACCAACACGACCUUCGCGGUGAUAUCUCGGGCUUCUAUGAGUCUGGCGUACGCCCGCUGUCUUUGCAUCACUGGAAGUCGUGGUACCAUGCGCCGGUGGACAAGAUGGCCAGCGUAGUAAACGUGUGUGGCGACUGCUUCCUGCAGAGGUGGCGCUUUGGACACGACACACUAUUUGCAAACGGUUACUCCAUCACACAAUAUCCCGGGGUUGAAGGUGGUCUUGACAACCUUGACUUGGAGAGGACAGAGACCACAUGGGUCACGAAUCGCAACGACUUUGACUGGAGUCUGGGUCCGCUGCGGGAAAGACUCGCGGAUGGAAAGAAAAAAUCUUACCUUCUGGUCGACAUAAAGCAGUCCGACAUGAACCUGAAUCAGUUUUAUGUUUUCAAGGGCAAAGCGGAAAACCAGGAGAUUGAUGAGCUUGUCGAGAUUAUAUGGGAGUUGUAA